AUGUCUGCUUUAGUUACUUUGAAUAACGGUUUGAAAAUGCCAUUAAUUGGUCUAGGUUGUUGGAAGAUUCCAAACAAAGUCUGUGCUGAACAAGUGUAUGAUGCUAUUAAGUUGGGUUAUCGUCUAUUCGAUGGUGCUACUGAUUAUGGUAAUGAAGCUGAAGUCGGACAAGGGAUCAAAAAAGCCAUUGAUGAUAAAAUUGUCACCAGAGCUGAUUUGUUUAUUGUCUCUAAGCUAUGGAACUCAUUCCAUCGUCCAGAACAUGUAAGAUUGAAUGUUAAGAAAAAUUUAGAAGAUCUAGGUCUAGAUUAUGUCGAUCUUUACUACAUCCAUUUCCCAAUUGCCUUCAAGUUCGUACCAAUUGAAGAAAGAUAUCCACCAUCUUUUUACUCUGGUAUUAAAGAAGAAGCGCAAGGUAUUAUUGCUACUGAAAGGGUUGGUUUAGCUGAUACUUACCAUGCUAUGGAAGCUUUGGUAGAUGAAGGUUUAAUCAAGUCUAUUGGUAUCUCCAAUUAUAAUGGUGGUUUAGUUCAAGAUGUUUUGAACUAUUGUAGGAUUAAACCUGUAGCUUUACAAAUUGAACAUCAUCCAUAUUUGACUCAAGCACAUUUGGUUGAGUACUGUAAGUUAAACCAAAUUCAAAUUGUUGCCUAUUCUUCCUUUGGUCCUCAAUCAUAUGUUGAAUUGAAAUCUGAAGUUGCUAUUGAAACUGUCCCAUUAUUUGAACAUCCAACUGUGAAGAAGAUUGCUUCUGCGCACGGUUCUGAUAUCUCUACUUCCCAAGUUCUAUUGAGAUGGGCAACUCAACAAGGUGUUGCUAUCAUUCCAAAAUCUUCUAAGAAGGAAAGAUUGCUUGCAAAUUUGAAGGUAGAUGAAACUCUAACCUUAACUGACGAUGAAUUGAAGGAAAUAAACAACUUGAACAAGAAUCUGAGAUUUAAUCAACCAUGGGAGUGGAUGAACAUGAAGUUCCCAAUCUUUGAUUAA